CCUCCACUUAGACACAGCACAACACACAGCCUCUCUAACUACAGAGAUCACCAAGCAAACUCUCUACAGGGACGUACUUGGCGCCGAGACCGAGAAGAGAAGAGGAGAUGGCCGGUGCGGCGAAGGCGUCGUGGAUGGUGGCGAUGAGCGUGGGGGCAGUGGAGGCCCUCAAGGACCAGGCCGGCCUCUGCCGCUGGAACUACGCGUUGCGGUCCAUCCACCGGACCGCCAAGGCCAACCUGCCCAGCUUCUCGCAGGCCGAGAAGCUAGCCCCCGUGGCGGAAAGGAGGAGAGCGGGCAAGGCCGAGGAGGGGAUGAGGACGGUCAUGUACCUCAGCUGCUGGGGACCCAAUUAGCCAUCGGUCCUCUCUGUUCCAGCUUGCAGCAACCGAGCUUGGCUUGAGACCAUGGCUGUUGCCCCCUAAUUGUAAUAUAUGAUGAUGAUGAUGAAAAGUUCUGCCACUUCAAUUGAGUAUACGAAAGCUUAUGCUAAUUUUCAGAGAGGCGAGUUGGUUUAAACCAUUGCUGCGUGCCGUAUAUCUUGGGAUCUACCUACCGGCACAAGAAUAUGUAAAUUGAAUUUGAUAUUUUCCCGUACGAGAUGACUCGUGUAACUGCGAGGGACAGCAGUACAGCACA